AUGGGUCCUCUGCUGUCUCUCGGGGUCGGGCUUCUGCUGCUCAUCCUGUGGGCCCGCUACAAGGGGCUCGCGUACGUUCUGGUCCACCAUCGCUGGGUCUUCGUCUGCCUCUUCCUGCUGCCCCUCUCCGUGCUCUUCGACAUCUACUACCAGUUCCGCGCCUGGAUGGUGCAGAAGAUGCACAGCGCGCCCCGGCAGCACAACCUGCGUGUUCGCAACAUCCAGGAGCAGGUGAGAAGGGCGGGCGGAGGGGGAAAGUCCCCCCAAAAGGGUUUACAAGUUGGAAGAAGCGCAGGCUGUUCAGUUUUCCUAGUAAGACUCCGGGUGUUCCUGGCCUUCCUUCCCUGGAGCAGAGGUUUUCAAGCAUGGAAGUUGGCCAGAGGUUUGAAUGAGGCUAAAUAGAAGUUUUGAGUUGCGGAUCAGGACUACUCACAGUAACCAUUUAGUCUGGUGUCCCCCCCCCUUUUUAGCAGUUUUGUGAUAUUACUGAUAUUGGGAAUUUUUCUCAUACAAAAACUCAGAGGAGAUAUCCUGACAAUUAUGUUGUUGCCCUGUUACUUUGGGUUGCAUCUCUGGCUGCACCCUUGGACCAAAGCAGGGAUGGGAAACCUGUGGCCCUCCAGAUGAUGUUGGACUACAACUACAAUCAUCCCAGCUAUUGGCUUUGCUAGCUGAGGCUGAUGUGAUUUGGAGUCAGUUUCCCCGUUCCUGACCAAUCAGCUGUGGGCCUGUAGCAGUGAUACAGUGCUAAAUUAAUAUCUUAUUUACUUAUAUACCAUGUGAUGCUAGAGUAGGUUUCUGAGCAGUUUAGAAAAUAUUAAAAAACCCAGCCAUUAAAAUACACUAGAAAACAGUACCAUUAAAAUUAAAAGGUGGGAAAAUCAGAUGAUGCUCAUCUAAGUGGGUUGCUCCAGAUGAAGAUAUCAAGGGACACAUCUUGCAAACAGGUGUGUUUUCAGAAACCGGCAGAUGGUCAAUACAAGUAGUGAUGUAUUUCAGCAGAGAAGGCAUUCCAUUACAGUGGUGCCCCGCAAGACGAAUGCCUCGCAAGACGGAAAACCCGCUAGACGAAAGGGUUUUCCGUUUUUGAGUUGCUUCGCAGGACGAAUUUCCCUAUGGGCUUGCUUCGCAAGACGAAAAUGUCUUGCGAGUCUUGAGAUUUUUUUUCCGCUCCCCCCCCCUUUUUUCUAAGCCGCUAAUAGCCUUUUAGCAGCUAAGCCGCUAAGCCUUUAAUAGCCGCUAAUAGCGCUAAUCCGCUAAUCCACUAAUAGGGUUGCUUCGCAAGACGAAAAAAACGCUAGACGAAGACACUCGCGGAACGGAUUAAUUUCGUCUUGCGAGGCACCACUGUAUUGUUACACAAACCAAUUGUAGGUGGAAGGAAAGGUGCUGCAAGAAAGCAGUGCCAGUAUUUGUCACAUUAUUGCUCUCUAGACAGUAUCUUCUUCAUAGAAUCAUAGCAUUGUAGAGUUGGAAAGGACCACAAGGGACACGUAGUCUUCAGUGGUCCUCUUGUUUAUGGAUAACAGGCAUAAACAUUAGUGGAGUCCAUAUGUGGCUUGUGUAGGUAUGUGCCUGAUGCUAGGGAAACCAUAAAUCAGGAAGCAUUCAAAUUGCAGAGAGCCUAUUCUGUGCCAUGUGUCUCCCUGACAGGUCAUUAUAAUAAUAAUAAUAUUUUUUAUUUAUACCCCGCCCUCCCCAGCCAAGGCCGGGCUCAGAGCGGCUUACAAGCAAUAAUAAAAACAAGUUGAAUGAUUACAACAUUAUACCAAACAGGCCUUUACUCUUUCGUUCCUGUUGAUGAAAAUAGCAACUUCCUGUGUAGAAAGGUUACAGCACUUGGGGCUUUUUAGUGUAGAGAAAAGGCCAUUAAGAGGAGACAUGCUAGAGCUAGAAGAACACGGUGCACACCAAUGGCACUGUAUAAUCAUCAUUGUGGGGUUCAUUAGCAUGAGAUACUUUAACCUCACACUGCAGUUUUCUGCUCAUCACAGUGCAAACAAGGCCAGACUGGCCUGUGCUGUCAUGCUUUUCAGAUAGUAGAGUGUGUUCACAUUACCACUUUAAAGCUCAGUGAAGUCCUUUCCGCUGCCUCAGUGAAUUUCGCAGCACAGCUCAUUCUGUCCCCCCUCCCCAGCUUUUUACAUCAACAUGGCUCCACUAGUGUAAGAUUUGUGUCUGUUUGUGUGCACACUAGGGUGCAUUGGCAGGCAGUGACACCUUUUCCCUAUGUAGAAGUGUUCACACCUUGGCUGGAGAUGAAUUGCGAAUGGCUUAAGGACUCUCAAUCAGUGUGAAGCUAGUUUGGGGGGAAACUCAUAAAACAGUAGUGUAACAAAGUCCAGGAUGCAUUUGCAGUGAGCACAGGGGGAGUGUGAACACUGCCCUAGUAGGCUCUUAUUCUGUCUUAAUUGCAAUACCAAUGCAAAUUUUAAAACCUUUUGUGUUAAAGGUACUAUCUUGAGAACAGGCAGAAAAACCAUUAAGUGGUCCACCAAGACCCUCAAGAAUUUUCAAGUAAUCUGGGGGAGGGGGAGUUCAGGAACUGUUGGCUUAGGUUUUCUAAAUUAAGCAGUAUAUAAAUUUUGUUAAGUAAAUGUUUGCUUUUAGUUGCCCCAUUAUAUUUAAUGGGACUUCCCGGGAAGUGUACGUAGGAUUCUUCUAGUCAGAAUCAGUUUUCUCAGAUGCAGAUCUGUUUACUUGCAAAAACAACAUCAAGUUGUUAUAUAUAAGGUGUUAAAUUAAUCUUCCUUUCUUGCAGGUACGAGAAUGGAAAAAAGAAGGGCUAAAAACAUAUAUGUGCACAGGACGUCCUGGCUGGCUUACAGUGUCUCUUCGUGUUGGAAAGUACAAGAAGACGCUUAAAAAUAUAACAAUCAACUUGAUGGAUAUUCUGGAAGUGGACACUGAGAGAAUGGUAAGCUUGGAAUUGAUCCUUCUAUUUUAGUGAUCAACUUUUGUUCAAGGGAUGUGGCCAUUGCUGAACAUCAUUGAGCCUGUUGGUUUUUGUGCUUUCUGGUCCUCUUUGAGGUGCCUGACCAAGGAUGAGGCACAUGAUUUCGAAGCGGAAGAAUCAGACCUUGGGACACAGGACCUCUGGUGUGGCAGUACUACUGAGGAUGUUUCCCCACUAGCUGGUGUCUUCAGAAUUGCUGUCUUUUGCUCACUCUGUCUUAGUAGCAGGGAGUGGGCAGCAGCACAUACCUGACCUCAUGUCACGCCAGCUUAUUGCAAGGGGCCAGGUUGGCGCAGUGCAAACUCGUUGGUGGAACCAAUGUGGCACUCCUUGCACCUUCCUGUCUCCCUCCCAGUAAUAUGUAGAAACACCAGUGACGGAAGGGCAAGUAAACGCUGCCAUCCCACUGACCACUACUUCUCUGUGUUUAUGGAGAGUUGCCUACGCAUCUUGGAUGCGGGAACUACUCACCUUCAGUGCCUUCAUCUUGGCAGGAUUCAAGCUCUGCUUGUUUUUCCUCAUCCAUUUCACCACUGCAUCUAAGUACUAUCCCAGGGACUAUACAGCCUCUCCCACUUCAGAUAUUACGGAGAAUAGAGCUGAGUUUCAUCAGCAUACUGAUGGCACCUUGCCCCAAAACUCAAAAUGACCGACCCCAGUAGCUUCAUGUAGAUAUUAAACAGCAUUGGAGAUAAGAUGCUGUGGCAAGAGGCUGAAAAGCACUCUCAGUGGUACUCUCUGGACUCAGGGUUGGAACCACGGCAAAAUGCAUUUAUUAUCAUUAAACAAGGAGAUCAAUGUAGAUAACUGCUUGAUUAUGAAAGAAAUGAAAGCUGCAAUUUCUGUAUACAAAUUGAAGGAUGAGGCUUCUGUUCAUGGGAAGUUGGCUUACACAACUCUGCCUAGCAAGUGGAAGGUACAAUAGCCAGGAACAGAGGCAUGACCCUACACUUUGUUCAUGCACUAGUAUAUAUGUUUGUGAUAAACAGUGCAGACAGGAGUUUCUUGGGCCAAAUUUUCAAGUUUUUGGUGCAACCUUAGCUGCCUUGUCUGCUGCAGAAAGUACUGUUGUGCUGCUCAGUCUUAAAGCAUUCAUGCUAUGGGUUUCCUAGUUGUAAUUUGCCUAAUUACAUCCAGGAUAGGCAAGCAUGAUUGCAACACUAACCUGUUUAAAGUAUUUCUGUAAUGGGUUUAGGGGUUGCUCGUGUGUAAGUUGCCGCCACUCCUGGCUAGGUUACCUGGUUAACCCUUUCUGACUGAGCAGCCUCCAGCAUCGUCACUGUCUCAGUCGCUGGCAGAAUCCGUCAGUGGGCGUUUCUUAAACCUUUUCCAGCAUAAAAGUUGUUUGACGCCAAGUCUCCUCCUACUCUCCCUGCGCGGAAGUCUUCUGCGCAGGGAGGGUGUGGGCAGCAGAGUACCCGUACUCUCUCCGCUGGUCUCCAGCGAAGAGUCUUGGAGCCUCCUCCCCGAUUCCCCCACCUGCCCCCCUUCUCCACUGGUGUUACGCUGAUUUCCUUCCCCAGCAGAUGGGCUGCCUCUCUCCCUACUGGGACCCUCUCCUGCAUCCCUUUGGAGCUUUCCCUCCGCCUCUAGCUCCGAUGGCAGUUCCCUGACAAUUUCCUUUCCACUGCACAGUGGUGCCUCGCAAGACGAAAUUAAUUCGUUCCGUGAGUUUUGUCGUCUUGCGAUUUUUUCGUCUUGCGAAGCACGGUGUCAGGAAAGUUUUGGAAAAGCUUCAAAAAUCACCAAAGUCUUUAAAAACCUCAAAAAAGGCUACCACACCGCGUUCUAUGAGUUGCUCCUCGAAGUCAAGUCGCAACUGUAUUAACGGUGUUAAGAAAAAGGAAACAAACUUGCAAGACGUUUCCGUCUUGCGAAGCAAGCCCAUAGGGAAAAUCGUUUUGCGAAGCAGCUCAAAAAACAAAAAACCCUUUCGUCUAGAGAGUUUUUUGUCUUGCGAGGCAUUCGUCUUGCGAGGUACCACUGUAUUUCCUGAUUCACAAAGACCGAGGUAACUUUUAAGGUGUGCACUGAAUGAUGGGGCAGAUUGCAUUUCUGUGUUACUGCUUUGGCAUCAGAUUUGUAUUGAUGGCGGCAUUCAGUCUUGGCAUAUAAAAUGUGUUCUUCCUUAGGUUGUCCGUGUGGAACCCUUGGUCACAAUGGGACAGUUAACAGCACACCUCAACCCCAUAGGCUGGACUAUUCCAGUGGUACCAGAACUUGAUGACCUUACUGUAGGUGAGAGGUCUUGGGAUUUGUACAAUAUAACUACAACUCUUAAAUAUUUCAAUAAUGUUCCACUUAGCAAUUAAAAGCAAAUUACUUUUAAACUUUUCCGUGAUGCAUAAGAUCUAAUGCUCACUGUAUGAUUCCCAAGCUGUGAAAAUUCACUUGUUAUUUAAUUAAGUCCUCUGGGAAAUGAAAAUACAAUUCAUGUGAUUGUUGUGCAAUGAUCUCUUGUUCAGGUGGUUUGAUCAUGGGGACUGGUAUUGAAUCAUCCUCCCACAUCUAUGGACUGUUUCAGCAUUCCUGCGUGGCCUAUGAACUUGUUCUUGCUGAUGGGAGCCAUGUGAGAUGUACACCGGUAAGAUAACAUUCUAAUUUGCUGUGGUUUGUGACAUUAUGUCUGCUCAGUAUCUGUAUGUGCCUUAGUGUUGUGUGCUUUUUGCAGGAGGAGAACUCAGACCUAUUUUAUGCAGUUCCUUGGUCCUGUGGCACACUGGGCUUCCUGGUGGCAGCAGAAAUAAAAAUGAUCCCAGCGAAAAAAUAUGUGAAGCUGCAUUAUGAGCCUCUGAGAGGACUGAAGACAAUCUGCAAGAGAUUUGCUGAAGAAUCUGAGAAGAAAGAAAACCAUUUUGUGGAGGGUCUGGUUUAUUCUUUAGAAGAAGCUGUCAUAAUGACCGGAGUUUUGACCAAUGAAGCUGAUCAUAGUAAGGUAACAACAUUGAUUCUUUCACUUCUUCAGGUAAAUAGGACACCGGCAGGGGGAGAACUAGCGAACUUGCCUCUGAAAACCAAUCUCUGCACUUUGUUGAUUCUAAAGUUAAGAGAGCCCAUCUGCAGUACAGGCUUCCUUUAGUUUUUAUGGUACAGUGGUGCCCCGCAAGACGAAAAACUCGCUAGACGAAAGGGUUUUGCGUUUUUUGAGUCGUUCCGCAAGACGAAUUUCCCUAUGGGCUUGCUUCGCAAGACGAAGCGUCUUGCGAGUUCUUGCGAGUUUGUUUCCUUUUUCUUAAAGCCGCUAAGCCGCUAAUAGCUGUGCUUCGCAAUACGAAAAAACCGCAAGACGAAGAGACUCGCGGAACGGAUUAAUUUCGUCUUGCGAGGCACCACUGUAUUUUUAAUGCCAUAGCUUUCCCUAGAGAGCAGUAGUUCAUUGAGAGUGUUGUGAAUUCUUUUUUGGAGCUCAGCCUCCCUUACACAACAGUAGUUCCCAUGGUUCUCUGGAUGGAGGAGUGACUGUUAAACUAGUUUAACAAAAUACUGGGCAGAUCCAUUCCAUGAGUGGAAUGUCUUGCACAUUAUUAAUCUGGUGGGAGAGGUAAUUCUACAAAAAUAAUUGCCAGUGUUGAUUGCAUACAGACAUUUGCAUGUAAAUGAUGUACAUUGCAUGACUUUAUAUCAAAGAUAGAUAGUGUGUCACCCUACAGACGUUGUUGGACUGAACUGUCAGUCGGCCCCGGCCAAUGCUUAGGGGUGGAGGGAAUUGUAGUGCAGCAACAUCUGGAGCAGCAACCCUCAUAGCUACCCCUGAUCAACACAACCUGUUGUUGGUGUUUCCUUGGCAAUCUUACUCUUAACAGUUGCAGAAAUGUGCUGAGCAUUAAAAGAACUUGCAUUCAAUUGCAGCUGUAAUUAGAGCCACGUUAUGAAACUUUGUCUUCAGGCAAAGUAGCUUUUGUGCUGGUGUGUUCAUUGUGUUUCUGUUUAUCUUAAGAUCAACAGAAUUGGAUGCUACUACAAGCCAUGGUUUUUCAAGCAUGUGGAGAACUAUCUAAAGGCUAACAAGACGGGAACGGAAUAUAUCCCUGCAAGGCAAUACUAUCACAGGCAUACACGGAGCAUAUUCUGGGAGCUCCAGGUAAGGUUCCAGUUCGUGCCAUAUUUGCUGUCAGUCAAGCCCACAGACACAUCCUUAUCAAUUCAACCCUCUCUCUAGUAAUGAUAAACCUAGUUAGCGAAAUAGCUGACUAGCCCAAACUUCUUCCCCAUAUUAUAUAUCAGGGUAGGAACUAGAUCUGACCAGCUGACGUGUCCCAGUUCCCAUGGGCCAGUUUGACAGCUGCCUACCUGUUGGUUGCCUGAUAUCAGUUGAUCAGUGGCUAGUGCAAAAAAAACAUUUCAUUUGCCCACGCCCUUUGAUUUCAAGCCACGGGAGCAAAGGGGAGGCAUUUCCCCUCAGGGCUUGUCGUAAGCGCCAAUGUGAGCCAACUGGGAAAAUGGUUGCGGUAAUUCCCCAGACUGAAAAGCAUCAUAUUGCUGCAGCUCACUGCACAGAAAAUCCUUCCAAUGUUAUGUGGGAUUAGUUGCUAAUUAGCUAAAUCCAUAUGUGCUGUAGUUUUUAUUUUAUUGUAUGUACUAAUUAGUGCCACUAGUAAUUGUAAUCGACUUGAUUUUUGUAAACCGCAUACUGUGGUACCUUGGGUUACAUACGCCUCAGGUUACAUAUGCUUCAGGUUACAGACUCCGCUAACCCAGAAAUAGUACCUCGGGUUAAGAACUUUGCUUCAGGAUGAGAACAGAAAUCACGCGGCGCAGCGGCAGCAGGAGGCCCCAUUAGCUAAAGUGGUGCUUCAGGUUAAGAACAGUUUCAGGUUAAGAAUGGACCUCCGGAACGAAUUAAGUACUUAACCUGAGGUACCACUGUACAGGUUUUCUUUCAAUUAAGCAGCAUGUGAAUUUUGUUAAAAUAAAUGAAUGAUGAAAAAGUGUUGAGGUGUUGUUUUUUAAGGCACACAGUUACUUCUGAAGUCAGCGAUCCAGGUUUGAAAUGCUUAGCUUUCUCACGACAUGCAUUUGGUCUGUUUUCUAGGAUAUCAUCCCAUUUGGCAAUAACCCUGUUUUCCGCUACCUGUUUGGUUGGAUGGUUCCUCCUAAAAUCUCCCUCUUAAAACUGACCCAAGGAGAAGCAAUUCGGAAGCUGUAUGAGCAGCAUCACGUUGUACAAGACAUGAUGGUCCCCAUGAAAAGCCUUGAGCAGUGUAUCGAAACCUUCCACAGUGACAUCAAAGUAAGAGCAUCUUUCCUAACUUCCAGGUUGUUCUUGGUAGCAGUAGUUAAACAAAACAUGUCUCGACUACAGGAUUCAGAAGGGCUGGGUAGUGGCUCCCAUGUAUCGCUUUGUCGUGAAUUUGUUCUUCCGUUGUCUCUAGGUUUAUCCUCUGUGGCUCUGCCCCUUCAUCUUGCCCAAUAACCCUGGAAUGAUCCACCCAAAAGGAGAUGAAGCAGAGCUCUAUGUGGACGUAGGAGCCUACGGAGAGCCCAAAACAAAAUACUUCGAAGCUAAGGCUUCCACCAGGCAAAUAGAAAAGUUUGUAAGGAGUGUUCAUGGGUAAGGGUCUAAGUCCCGAAAGGGCAUUCUCUCAUGUUGUUAGGAGAACUCUCUUGCAGUUACCUUUUCAGCUUGCUGCAUGACGAUGUUGCAAAAACAAAAAGAAUUUUAACUUAAUUUUUUAUUGGUCAGGGUUUUUUUAAUUUUAGGAUAGGAUAAAUAUUUUUUUUAUUUAUCCUAUAUUAUUUAACAAAAACGUGCUUCAUUAUAAGCUGCUAUGACAGACUUACCUUUUGGGGCUACUGGGCAGUCUGAAGUGUUUUCUGUUCUAAAAUUCAGAAUUGGUUUCAUGGGGUUCUAUUGGAGUACUGGGGACUAGACAAAAGGGUUCCUUUAGGAUAAGAUCUGAACGUUUGUGCUGGCAAAAUAGCCUGCUCUAAGAAAUGAGCAAUAGUUUCUGCGGCCUUCUGAUGCAACAAUUUUAAGAUCUGUUUUUCGUUCUUCCUUUUAGUUUUCAGAUGUUGUAUGCUGAUUGCUAUAUGACCCGUGAGGAAUUCUGGGAAAUGUUUGAUGGCUCGCUGUACCACAAGCUGAGGAAGCAACUUCAUUGUAAUGAUGCUUUUCCAGAGGUGUAUAAUAAAAUCUGCAAAUCUGCAAGACAUUAA